GUACCGCCUAAGCAACGGCUAACGUCCACCCAAAUCCAACCGCGACGCUACUCCACCUCGCCUCUCCGCUUCCCCACCCUUCCCUCCAUAAAGCGCGAAGAAAAAAUGGAAGCUCUCGCUAUCGGAUCCGCGCCCCCCCGGCCGUCGCCGACGGGCCUCGCGCCCCAGACCCGCCACCACCACCGCUCCAAAACCCUAGCCACCGCCGCCUCCCCUCGCCGUCUCGUCGCCGCCUCACCCAUGGAGGGCGCCGGCGCCGGGGCCGGCCGAGCCCCCGCCCCUCUCCGCUGCGCUCGCGCCGAGACGGACGCGGGGGACGCGGUCGCGACGAGCUCGCACUCGGCGGAGGCUGAGGCAGGGGGAUCGGUGGAGGCGACGGGGCAGGGCAACGGGACCCCGGUGGCGGAUGCCGCCGCCGCCGCCGACGACAUCGAGGGGGUUGAUGGGAUAAGGAUCCGGAGGCGCCCCGUGACAGGGCCGCCGGUGCACUACGUGGGGCCGUUCCAGUUCCGCCUCGAGAACGAGGGGAACACGCCGCGCAACAUCCUCGAGAGGAUCGUGUGGGACAAGGAGGCCGAGGUUUCACAGCUGAAGGAGAGAAGGCCCCUGUACAUGCUGAAGGGGCCGCUGGAGAACGCUCCUCCUGCGAGAGACUUUGUUGGGCCGUUGAAGGCUUCCUAUGAUCGGACUGGCCUGCCUGCUCUGAUUGCAGAGGUCAAGAAGGCUUCACCAAGCCGCGGUGUUCUGAGGGAGGACUUUGAACCGGUUCAGAUCGCCCAAACAUAUGAGAAAAAUGGAGCAGCAUGCUUAAGUGUUCUCGCAGAUGCAAAAUACUUUCAGGGAAGUUUUGACUACUUGGAAGCUAUACGCAAUGCUGGAGUACAGUGUCCUCUGCUGUGCAAAGAGUUCAUCGUUGAUGCCUGGCAACUUUACUAUGCACGGAUGAAGGGAGCUGAUGCUGUUCUUCUGAUUGCUGCUGUCUUACCUGAUCUUGAUAUCAAGUAUAUGUUGAAGAUAUGCAAAAUACUUGGCAUGGCUGCUUUAGUUGAGGUGCAUGAUGAAAGGGAAAUGGACCGUGUAUUAGGGAUAGAUGGCAUCCAGCUCAUCGGCAUCAAUAACCGUAAUCUUGAGACUUUUCAAGUCGAUAUUUCAAAUACUAAAAAGCUUCUUGAGGGUGAACGAGGCCAAACUAUAGCUCAAAAAGGCAUAAUUGUUGUGGGGGAAUCAGGGUUGUUCACACCUGAGCAUAUUUCAUUCGUUCAGAAUGCUGGGGUCAAAGCUGUUCUUGUUGGGGAGUCUCUCAUAAAACAGGAUGAUCCAGGCAAAGCAAUCGCUGGGCUUUUCGGCAAAGAUAUUUCACCUGUGAGUGCUGCAUAAAGACCGAACAGAUCAACAGAGUGACAGAGAAGCUGAGAAAUGAUGGAGCACUUCAUCUUGUAUAGGGAAGAGAUGGAUCAAUUCGCGCAUUUCUGGGGAAUUUUGGUCAGCCAUUUUAUUUACCUGAACUUGAUCCGGUUUUUCAUACUCUUGUGACCGAAUCUGUUCGACCAAUACACAAUGGUUCAAUGCAAAGAAAUGUAGACCAAAUAAGUUGGAUUUGUAAGUAGUGCGAGUUCCUUUGGAGGAUGGAACAUCCAAAUUUGAGAGGAUGCUGGUUACUCUACAUCAUUCUUUUGAGA